AUGGAACUUAUUCGAAUUACCACGAUGGCAAAUCAAUUAAUGACUCCUUUGAAUACUCUUUUUAAACAAAACUUAACUGCACAUGACUUAAAAACUGAACCACGAAAGUUUGGUGGAUGUAAUUGUGGUACGACGAAUCGUACAUGUACCGAACUCAUGAAAAUAUACAAUUAUGCCGGAAACGAUCCUAAGGGGAACUAUACAAUUCCUAAUUUUUUUGUGGGUUGCUAUCUCAUCGAAGCAUUAUUUUCAUCGACAUUAGAAUGUUUCUAUAGUAAAUCGUGUAUGACGAAUCUUCGUCGAUAUUUUCUUUCGCCGCUCAACGAAUCGUGGAUCUUUCCAGCACUCAACUCAAGCCUUAAUCCAGCUAAUAAGUUGAUUGGAUCGAUUGUCGAUGAAUUGAUGAUUGAUGACUGGUCAGCAGAUGCCAAUUUUACUUCUUAUUACUACAAAUGUGUGCCCAGUAUAUGCAUCAUAGAAUAUAAGAGUUAUGAAGGUUUCUUGACGAUUGUCACCAUUAUUGCUGGUAUUUUUGGUGGUCUAUCCAUUGCUUUUCAGUUGCUCAUCUGGUCUGGCCUUCGAUUAAUUGAAAAGUUCGUCAACGAAUUUUCUUUGCAACUAUCUUUACAGUUUCUAAAACAGAUUUUUGGCUGGAAUGAUGAGCAGAAGUUGACGCGCCGAUUACAUAUUAUUCUAGUUGGAGUGAUCCUCUAUGUUCUCUACGUACAUCACGUAUUUCGUCCUAAGUUAAUUGAAGAGAAAUUUCAGAAACCAUCACUAGCUUAUUAUGAAAAUCUAAUUAGACAGUAUCCCGACUCUCUCCAUUGUUUUUGCUCAAAAAUAUCCAUUCAAUAUGGUUCCUUUCUCAACCUAACUGCUCGUUUCCACGACGUAUGUUUGAGAAACUUGGAUUCAGAAGCAUUGAGCAUGGCCAACAGUAUUAAUCAUACUUUGUCCAUGCACCUUGAUCCACAGUAUGCGUAUACAGGUCGGGCAUAUAUGCGAACGAUCAAGUCACUAUGUGCACUGUCUAAUGACACAGUGUACGAUUCAAUCACUCAAUUAUUAUCAAGUCAUCUACUCAAUACUGAACUGUUAUCUCGAUUCUCAGUGACCGAAGAAAUUCGAGCGAUUAUUGAUGAUUUCAAUUCGACAGUACCUAAAAUAUUAACUAAUACGUUUGCAUUGACUCGCAUGAUAAUAGCUACAAGCAAAUUAAUGACUAUCUAUCGUAACACGUGGGUGUUGAGGUUUCCGCAAAAUCUAGUUUUUGGAUAUACUGUGCACACUCUUCCAAUCACUGAGCAGGGAUGCAACUGUGGAUCUACUUCGACGUGUACCUGGUUUCAUUCUGGGCUAAAGAUAGGUUGCUAUCCAAUCGAAACUAUGUUGCAAUGGUCACUCGACUGUCUCUACGAUCGAAAAUGUUUGAACGAAACAAAUAUUUCUCUACCAUUGAAUAGCUCUGCUAAUCCAAGUCGUUACCCUUAUAAUCCAACUAUUGAAUCCAUUUUCAAUGAACUAAUGAUCGAGGAACUUGUGAAAAAUGUAUCCUAUGAAAAUUACUUUGAUCAGUGUGCAGCUUCAUUAUGUGUUCGUUCUUAUACAAAAAAAAGUAAUCUAACCGAAGGGAUUACAAAAAUGAUUUCUCUCUAUGGUGGUGUAGUAAUCAUUUGUAAGUUGGUUGCGGUAGUCAUCGUCAAACUAUUACGAUGUCGAUCAGUUCGAGUUACGCCGACGACAAGCUGAUCUAAUAAUAGACAUUGCAACCUGUGCUUUAUCUGAUCGGUGUGCUGGUGCUGGUGCAGAACUAUACAUAUGACUUAAAAAAUGACAAAAUCCUUUGACUGUCUUGAGGAU